AUGAUCAACAACGUCUUGGAGAAGCUCCAUCUCACCAGUCACCACGAGGCCCCUGAGGAGCCUAGCCAGGAGGACUACCAGAAGCUCUUGGAAAAGUUCACCAAGGCCGGCCAGGAGCAGGUCUUCGCUUUCUGGGAUGACCUCAACUCGGGCGAGAAGGGUCUCCUUUACCAACAACUCGCUGACAUCGAUCCCGAAUACGUCAACACUGUCACCCACCGCGCUUUGAAUCCUCCCAAGACCGAGUCCGAAGACGCCAAACCCAAGCUUGAGCAGCUCCCCGAAUCCGCCACUUCCUCAAUCUAUGACUCGAAACCCGAUGAUCUCAACGUAUGGUACACACAAGGUCUGCAGUUCAUCGCUCAGAAUCAAGUUGCUGUAGUCCUUAUGGCUGGUGGACAGGGCACUCGCCUGGGUAGCUCUGCACCCAAGGGAUGCUACGAUAUUGGUCUUCCUAGCCAGAAGUCCCUUUUCCAGCUUCAAGCGGAGAGAAUCUGGAAGAUUCAGCGUUUGGCUGAACACGAGCACAGCAAGGAAGAGGUUGUCGUACCAUGGUAUAUCAUGACCAGCGGCCCUACUCGCAAGCCUACCGAGGAGUUCUUCGAGAAGCACGCAUACUUUGGCCUCAACAGAAACAACGUCAUUUUCUUCGAGCAGGGCACUCUUCCUUGCAUCUCAAAUGACGGCAAGAUCUUAUUGGAGUCUAAGCAUAAGGUUGCUGUUGCACCCGACGGCAACGGUGGUCUCUACAACGCUCUGAUCAAGUCGGGCGUUGUCCAAGACAUGUCCAAGAGAGGCAUCAAGCACAUUCAUGCCUACUGUGUCGACAACUGCCUCGUCAGAGUCGCUGACCCCACGUUCAUUGGUUUCUCUGCAUCCAAGGAAGUGGACAUCGCCACCAAGGUCGUCCGCAAGCGUGAUGCGAAGGAGUCUGUCGGACUCAUCUUGUCAAAGAACGGCAAGCCAGACGUUGUCGAGUACUCUGAAAUUGACAAGGAGACUUCGGAGGCAAAGGACUCCAAGGACUCAAGUCUGCUCAAGUUCCGUGCUGCCAACAUUGUCAACCACUACUACUCAUUCGGCUUCCUCGAGAGCAUUCCUCAGUGGUCAGACAAGCUCCCUCAUCACAUUGCCAGAAAGAAGAUUCCUUACGUCGACACUGACAAGGGUGAGACUGUCAAGCCCGAGAAGCCCAAUGGCAUCAAGCUUGAGCAAUUCGUCUUUGACUGCUUCCCCUUCCUCUCCAUGGACAAGUUCGCUUGCCAGGAGGUCAAGAGAGAGGACGAGUUCUCCCCUCUGAAGAACGCAAGAGGCACUGGAGAGGAUGACCCGGAUACCAGCAAGCGCGAUAUCUUCCGUCAAGGCACUAGAUGGCUCGAGGCUGUCGGUGCUGUUGUGACAAGCGAGGAUGACAACGCCGGUGUUGAGAUCUCACCCAAGAUCAGUUACGGUGGUGAAGGACUCGAGUUCUUGAGCGAGCGCACAAUUAAGGCACCUGCAGUGAUCGAGCAGGAGAAGCAGUAA